CACACGACUAUACACUCCUCAUGAACAACCCUAAAAAAUGCGGCGGUGGGGAUGAUGACGUGUUCCUUCUCAUUAUGGUGACGUCAACCCCGCGAAACAACGCCCAGAGAGACACCAUCCGUCGCACUUGGGGGAACGAGAACAAGGUGAAUUGGACCGUUAUAAGAACAGUCUUCGCGGUAGGGCUGACACCGAUAGCCUCCACGCAGCGACUACUGGAACAAGAAAGCAUCACCCACAAGGAUAUAAUUCAAGAAAACUUCGUUGACUCUUACCGAAACCUGACCAUCAAAACCGUCAUGUCGUAGAAGUGGGCUUCGGAGUUCUGCCCCAACGCCAAGUUUGCAAGGAGGUUAGUGACUGGGCGAGUCAUCCCUGGGGCUAAACCAAUCAGACAAGCGAACUCUGCAUAUGAGUCACGAUGGAUCGUGACUAAGGAAGAAUAUUCAAGAGACUCUUACCCAAGAUACCCUGGCGGAUACGCUUACGUCAUCUCCAAUGACAUCACGCGACUGAUAUACGAAGUGUCUUUGACUGUGCCAUACUUGUUUCUCGAAGACGUGUACUUGGGUCUUUGUCUAGAGAAACUGGGGAUCGACGUCAUCCACGAGGAAGGCUUUACCGGUUGGAAGAAAUCUCUCUCAUGUAGAGAUAGGAAAUUAUCUUCUCAUUUGGUCAAAUCUCCUUUCCACAUGUUUCAGGCGUGGCAGCGCCUCAUGACCAGUUGCAAGUUAUUCUUGAAGUACAACUAGAGUUCCACGAAACACCUUCGCCAAAUAAUAAAAGCUUAGUAUAGAAAGUGCCUGUAUAGUAGGCCCAUUAUCUAACUUGACCUUCCUUUCCCAACGCCUACCUAAGGCAACAGCAAGUGAAUUUUAUGGAUAACCCUCUGCAGACUGCAAAAGGGCGAUAGGGCGAAGAAAACAA